UUGGCAUACUAGCCGGCAGGCAUGAAUAUUCCGGGAACUGGGCUCGUCCCACUGAUGGCGGCACUUCUAUUAUGCACGGCGGCGGCGGCGGCAGCCAACGGGUACACGAUAUACAAGGAUCCGAGAAAAAAGACAGAGUCCCGGAUCAGAGACUUGUUGAGGCGGAUGAGUGUGGAGGAGAAGAUCGGGCAAAUGGUGCAGGUUGAUCGGAGCAGAGUUACGGCGGAGAUCAUGAGGGACUACUCCAUCGGGAGUAUGCAGGCCGGCGGCGGAAGGGUGCCGAGAGAGAAAAACACGGCGGAUGGAUGGGUGGAGUUGGUGAACCGCUUCCAGAAUGGUUCGUUGUCGAGCCGGCUCGGGAUUCCCAUGAUGUAUGGAGCAGACGCUAUCCAUGGCAACAACAAUGCCUACAAGUCUACCAUUUUCCCUCACAACAUUGGGCUUGGUGCUACCAGGGAUCCUCAACUAGUGAAGAGAAUUGGUGCUGCGACUGCUCUUGAGACUAGGGCCACUGGCACAAAUUAUGCCUUUGCUCCAUGUAUCGCGGUGAGUCGAGAUCCAAGAUGGGGAAGGUGUUACGAGAGCUACAGUGAAGAUCCAAAAGUUGUGAAAGAAAUGACUGAAAUUAUACUGGGCUUGCAGGGGGAUAUUCCUGAGGGUUACCCGAAAGGCUACCCUUACGUUGGUGGCAAGAACAAAGUGGCGGCUUGUGCAAAGCAUUUUGUGGGAGAUGGCGGGACAAUGUUUGGGAAAGACCAAAGCAACACAGUGAUAGACUGGGAGGGGUUGUUAAGCAUUCAUAUGCCUGCUUACUAUCCUUCAAUCCUCAAAGGCAUCUCCACCAUCAUGGUUUCCUACUCUAGCUGGAAUGGCCAGAAGAUGCAUUCUAAUCGUGCUCUCAUUACCAACUUCCUUAAAGGAACUCUCAACUUCAAGGGUUUUGUGAUUUCAGAUUCGGAAGGGAUUGAUAAAAUUACAGAUCCACCGCAUUCAAAUUAUACUUACUCGGUUUUAGCGGGUGUUCAAGCUGGAAUAGACAUAUUUAUAGCCCCAUACAAUUACACUGAAUUCAUCGACACCCUAAACUACUUGGUGAAGAACAAAUUCAUCCCGAUGGACCGGAUUGACGAUGCCGUAAGCAGGAUAUUGCGUGUUAAAUUUAUAAUGGGCUUAUUUGAGAAUCCAUGGGCCGAUGUUAGCAUAUCUAAUCACCUAGGAAGUCAGACUCAUAGAGGGUUGGCAAGAGAAGCAGUAAGGAAAUCACUUGUUCUGUUGAAGAAUGGUGGUGAUGAUGAUGAGCCUUUACUCCCUCUCCCAAAGAAGACAACCAGAAUCUUAGUGGCUGGAACCCAUGCUGACAAUAUAGGCUACCAAUGUGGUGGAUGGACUAUCACUUGGCAAGGCCAUGGUGGCAACACCACUGAUGGGACCACCAUAUUGCAAGCGAUCUCAAGUACCGUCAAUCCAACCACAGAAGUAGUGUACAAAGAAAACCCUGAUAUGGAAUUCAUGAGAUCCAACGAAUUCUCCUAUGCUAUUGUGGUUGCGGGGGAAUAUCCCUAUGCCGAAUAUGAAGGGGACAACAUGAACUUAACCAUUCCUGAACCAGGUCCCACCACCAUAACAACUGUGUGUGAAAGCAUCAAGUGUGUGGUGGUGCUCAUCUCCGGUCGGCCGCUAGUGGUGGAACCCUAUCUCCCAAAGAUUAAUGCUUUGGUGGCCGCAUGGCUCCCCGGAAGCGAAGGGAAAGGAGUAAGUGAUGUUUUGUUUGGGGACUACGAGUUUAGCGGGAAGCUACCCAGGACCUGGUUCAAGACGGUUGAUCAGCUCCCAAUGAACAUUGGUGAUUCAAGUUAUGAUCCACUAUUUCCCUUUGGCUUUGGACUUACUACAAAACAACCCAUUGCAGAUUCAUAAGCCAUGAUAUUCAGUCCAGUUAUAUACAAGUGAUGCAUGCAAAGUUUAUCUAGCUUAGGUGUGAUGUAGUGGAUCAGAUCGAUAUUUGUUUCGAGAUGUUGCAAAUAAAGGGUUAGCAUUACAGAUUUACAGCUACCUUACCAAUUCAGAUGUAUAUGUAUAUAAUAAUUUAGUAGGAAUGAAAACAACACAAUCAAUCAAAGAAAUUAUAAUGGCCGGGAUACUAUAUACUGUCGUGAGAGCUAUCUAUCAUUUAGUAGAAAAUACGAGCAUAGAACCAUUCAGAAUAAAAG